AUGUCGAGUAAAAUUAUGAAAACAGCCAAGCGACGAUUCUGCGACGGAUUGCCGCGUGACGUCUGGAGACUCUGCAAGGUCGAGCUGCGAUGCCUCAAGUGCGCGAAACGGUACAGCGACUGGCGUAAUCUGCGAAGGCACAUGAACUACUUCUGCCAGAUGGAACCGCUCUACCCCUGUCCAUACUGCUCCCACAGAGCCAGGAUACCCACCCUGUUGAAGUAUCACAUUGCUCGCGAGCAUGCGGUUCCCACAUCGAGGAUGGAGAUGCGCUACAGCGGUGCGAAUAACUACGAUUUCACGUAUCUCAUGCACAAGCGACACGUAUGCCCUCAUUGCAAGAAAGUCUUCCUACCGAAGAGUCUGUUAAAGAGGCAUAUACAGUUCGGUUGCAAAUUGAAUCCGCGUAACACCACGUUCUCCUGCUCCUUCUGCCCUUACAAGAGUAUGUACAAGGCGAACAUGGAGAGACACGUGAGAAACGUUCACAACACCGGGUCCCUCAAGUUCUUUUGCGAGCUCUGCAACUUCCGCAGCAAUUACUCCUACUGCAUUCGCAGACACAUGAGGACCUUCCAUCGCAUGGACGAAUCUCAGAAAUAG